GCCAUGGAGCAGCACCUGCGGCGCCUGCGGCAGGAACUGCUCUCCAUGAAGGAGGUGGGUGACGGGCUGCACGAGCAGAUGAACUGCAUGAUGGGUGCCCUGCAGGAGCUGAAGCUGCUGCAGGUGCAGACAGCCCUGGAGCACUUGGACAUCUCGGGGUGCCGGAGCCCCCCGGAGCAGCGCCGGUGCUGCCGGAGCAGCCGGGCCGUGCCGGACACGGGGGAGGCGCAGGGACACUGCCCCGUGCCACGGCCAGCUGGUUUGUCCCACCCCACUGCCCUGCCAGGGAGCGAGCGCCCUCGAGACACCCCCUGCUCCUGCCGGAGCCCGUGCCGGGAGGAUCCGUGUCCCCCAGCAGGACCUUCCCCCGUGUCCGGCGCGGCGGAGCUCGGCCGGCCCCGGACACCGGAGGCCAGCAGCCAGGGCACGGCUGGGGGGUGGCCGCUGUGCCAGGAGUGCCCGGGCUGUGACGAUGGCCACGACUGGACAUCGUCCCUGAUGUCCCAGAGCAGGAACCGGCAGCCGCUGGUGCUGGGGGACAACAUCUUUGCAGACUUGGUGGGGAACUGGCUGGACCUGCCCGAGCUGGAUAAGAAGGGGGAGAAGAGCGAGGCGUCCCUGUCCACGAGCAGAUCCCAGGAGCUCUGCAGGAAGUUCUCCCUCACUGCCAACAUCUUCAAGAAGUUCCUGAGGAGCGUGCGGCCAGACCGGGACAGGCUGCUCAAGGAGAAACCUUGCUGGCUUCCUCCUGAGGACAAACAGCCCGAGAUCUCCAAGAGGUCUAAAAAGAUCAACAAGCUCAAGGGGACAUUUUACCUGCAGAGCCAUCACAGCAAAGCAGAGAGGUGCCCCAGGGCAGACAGCCGUAGUGAGCACCCCAAAAUGGGCACCAGGAAAGUCCCGGAUUCCAGGGACUACAACCAGGCAGGGUUUGACAUCAACACGGCCGUGUGGGUCUGA